AUGAUGCUAAUCACCAUCUCAAAUCGUGCUCAGAGUUCUGCCCUGUUAAGUGAUACCGGGGAGCUACAUUCCGAAGCAUUCCCCACAAAAUCUAUAUUUACCAUCCCCACCAAAAUCUGGCAGAAAUGUGUCGGAGCCUCAGUCAAGAUUCCGAAGCUACAUUCUAAAGUUUACUACUUCCCACAAGGUCACUUAAAACAUGUCUCCCCUCACACAAUCAUCACCCUUCUUCAUUGUUAUCCUCCUUCCAUUUCCUGCAUCAUCUCAGCCGUUGAUCUCCUUGUUGAUCCUCACACAGAUGAAGUCUUUGCCAAACUGCUCCUCACUCCCGUAAUGGAUGGCCAUGGCCACGAACAAGAAGCUCCUCCGGAGGUUCCUGCCGAAGACGACGAUGGUUACAAUGUUGUUUCCUUUGUCAAGAUUCUCACACAAUCUGAUUGCAAUAGUGGCUGUGGAUUCAUUGUACCUCUCCCUUGCGUUGACUUGAUCUUGCCGAAGCUUAGCUUGGACGAUCCAAUGCCAUCUCAGAAACUCUCCGUCACUGACAUUCAAGGCCGAAUCUGGCAGUACACACAUAUCUACCGCGGUAAAUCCAAGAGACACCUUUUCAGUAGGGGAUGGACUUCCUUUGUCAACAACAAGAAACUCGUCGCUGCUGGGAAGAUAUUCGUCGGAAUACGCCGGAAAAGUGGGAAGGUAACAGAGAAGGCGGUUAUGGAUGCGGUGGAAUUGGUGGUGAAAAGUAUGGCAUUUGAAGUUUUGUAUUAUCCGAGAGCGAAUUGGAUUGAUUUUGUAGAGGAUGCAAAUGUUGUUGAUGACGGCAUGAAGAUUAGUUGGACAUCUGGAAUGAAAGUCAAGCUUCCUUUGAAGAAAGAAGAAUCUUCAAAUUCAAAGAUGAUAUUUUAUCAGCCUCGGGGGACAAACUCAGAUGUUUAUAAAGCUCCUUCUAAUGUCCCUAAUUGGCGCAUGCUUCAGGUUAAGUGGGAUGAACCUGAAAUUUCGCAGAAUCCAAACCGUGUCAAUCCUUGGCAGAAAGCCAGGCAUGAUCAUCUAUCUGAAUCAGGUUCUUCAAACUUUUUGAAUGAUAAGGGUGAUGUUUUCUUCGGGAACAAUUUAAUGGCAGUCCUGCAUCUGACGACUUAUCAGAAUCCGGUUCUUUGGGAACAAUUCAAUGGCAGGGUUGAGUAG